AUGUACACCAAGCGAGGUUGGAUACCUCUAAGCCUGCCAACAUGUCAUCACACAAUGAAGGACCAGAUCAUGGAAAAAGAGGAAACAACGGUGCAUACACACGAAGUCAUGCAACUUGACCAAAAACACAAUGGGGAAACCACCAAAUUUGAAGCAGCAAGGGUAGGUAACUACCACAGAAAGGAAGACAUUGACAGGAGAGCCACCACAACCGUAAGGGUCCACAACUGGCAAAGGCUUCCUCCAAGACGACAUCUAGUCAAGAACCUCACAAACAACAAAGGGAAUAUCGAAUCACAAAGGAGCCAAGUGGUCAUAAUAACACAAACGCGCACGCCGAACAAGGCGAACUCAUCCCUGGAUGAUAAGCAAGCAACCAAAACCGGGGAGUGGAGAAAAUUGAAGAUCAUCCUCCGAAAGACAGCCAAUUUAAAAACAACCAAUCAUGGCCCGCACACGAACACGAACAGUGGAGAGCUCGUGGACACGAGCCCCCAAGGGACACAAACUAAGAAAGACAAAGAAGAAGAAUUCACUCUGAUGGCCUGGGAGCCCCAGAUCCCAAACCAACAGUCUUAG